AUGGAGCCCCAACAGAAGCCAGACAACACAGACGACUCUGCCUUGAACAUAACAACAACAACGUCUUGCCUCAACUCGAUUACUCCAUCCAGCGCCAGAUACACAGCGAGACAAAACAAGUGCCUUUUGGCGCUUUACUCUUACCAUAUAACUGCAUUGCCCCGUCACAUGCCAUAUCCUCACCCUCCUCCUCCGACCUCUUCUAACGUUAGCACGACCAACUCUAAUCAUUCCUCCGCCGCCCCCUUGACUCAAAGUUCGACCCCCUCCUCCACCCAUCAACAGAACCGGAAUCGAGCUCGGACAGGCAUCGCGAAUAUAGGUCCUUCAGUUGCCAACCCUGCACGGCUUCCGGGUCAGACGCCGGCUCAAACACUCGGACGACGUCAACGUUCCCCGGCUUCUGACGGCCCCUCCGACCCCCAACCCGACAGUUCUCAAGCGUCAGACAACGAUCUUACUGAGCCGCCGACCAAGCGACGGAGAGAAAACAACACGAUGGGCGGGAGCGACAUCCUCGAUCCCCAUAAUGGUGCUCCUCUAGGCUUUUCUAAUGGCUCGACUGAGCCAUCUGUGGGGGUCACCAAUGGCCACAAAUCUGCCAUGAAUGGUUCUACGAACCGCGAUAACAACAGCACAAUCACCAAAAGCCAUGGAAUGCCCUCCGAAUACUUUGGACACAACCGCGAAGAGGUUACUCGAUUGUUGAUACAAGCACUAUCGGAUAUGGGUUAUCAAACUGCCGCUGAUAAUGUAAGCCGCGAGAGCGGCUACGAACUGGAGAGUCCGACUGUAGCUGGUUUUAGGUCAGCAGUUCUCAGUGGCUCCUGGUCCAAGGCCGAAGAGCUGCUUACUGGGGCGUCAUUCGAGACUGAGGGUCAAGGGAACGGACUUGUUCUGGCAUCAAGUGCAGACCGUAAUGCCAUCCGGUUCUGGCUAAGACAACAGAAGUUUCUGGAGCUUCUAGAACAGAAGGAUACCAGCCGGGCUCUGGUCGUACUCCGAAGUGAGCUGACACCGCUUUCUCACGAUACUGGAAAACUGCAUUUCUUAUCCAGUCUUUUGAUGUGUCGUUCUGUCGACGACCUUAUGGCGAAAGCCGACUGGGAUGGCGCCAAUGGCCAAUCCCGAAAGUUGCUGCUCUCGGAAUUAUCGAUAAUGCUCCCAGAGAACCGCCUAGCAGUUCUUCUCGAGCAAGUUAAGCAGAGCCAGAUUGAUACAUGUUUGUAUCACACUCAAGCAUUAUCGCCAUCGCUCUACUCAGACCACUUUUGUGACAGGCGAUGGUUUCCCACAGAGGUGGCGCUGGACCUUGUUGACAUGAAUGAUGAGAUCUGGCAGAUACAAUUCUCACAUGAUGGUUCGAAGCUGGCUGCCUGUGGUAGUGGUCGGCAGGUUAUAAUAUGGGACACACAUACUUACUCUGUUGCGAAAAUUCUUGAUGACCAUGAUGAAGGCGUCGGUAAUAUGUCAUUCAGCCCCGAUGAUACGAUGAUUUUAUGCUGUGCAAGAGAUGGAUAUGCAAGGCUUUGGUCUACCAGCGUGAGUAAUCCAUGGGUUGCAACAGCUGGGUACAAUGCUAACCGCGAGAUCCAGGAUGGGCGUCUGAUCAGGCAGUUCAACAGGUUCGCAGAGCCUGUCAGUGGUUGUGUUUGGGCUCACGAUAACCGAUCCUUGGUUCUUGGUACAUUGGAUCCUACAUUCAGCUUGCGCACCAUCAACCUACAGACUAACGAGGAGCACGAUUGGGGCAAGAAGCACCGCGUCGAGGACCUAUGUGGAUCGCUUGAUGGCCGAUGGCUCGUGGCUCUCGAUAACGAAAAAAGAAUUCACGUCUACAACGCCAUCACACGGGAGCUUGAGUUUGAUAUGGAGCUUAACAAACGGCCAACAUCCGUCAGCAUCAGUCAAGACUCACGUCAUUUGCUCAUUAACAAAUCCGACGGCGAGGCCCAGCUUAUUGACCUUGUGACGCGUAAUUCGGUGCAGAAAUUCUUCGGGCACACAGGUGGUGCCUACAUGAUACGCAGCGCUUUUGGCGGAGCCAACGAGAGUUUUGUCGUGAGCGGCAGCGAGGAUGGGAACAUUCUAAUAUGGCACAAGAACACCGGCGCGGCAAUAGAACGGCUGCCUGGGCAUCACCCUCGUUGUAAUGCCGUUGCAUGGAAUCCCACCGAUCCAUACGUCAUAGCAUCUUGCGGAGACGAUGGCCGGCUGAAAAUGUGA